AUGGCCAGUACAAGCUUGACCUCGACCUUUUUGACCCCGGAUCCGAGCUUCAAUUGGUUCUUCUUGCUUGAACUAAGCGUGUCUGGAAUUCUUGCGUUGUUCUUCUUGCUCUACUUCAACCGGCUCUUCGCGACUCUCCUUUCCUACGCCAUUCGAGCAUACACCUGGCACUAUUACCGAGCAUAUGUCGAUAUAAACGCGCUACAGGUAUCAUUACUUGGAGGACGAAUAUUCUUCAAGGGCAUUCGAUACCAUGGUGUGAACGAGACAAUAUUCAUUCACGGAGGAUUCAUAACAUGGCGCUAUUGGGCACGCACCGUGGAGAGAAACGAUUUGACUGGAGCCCGCCGUAAAACUGGACUUCACGGUCCGGCCAGCAAAGGACAUGCAGGCUCCGCGCAAGCUGGCGCGGAAGACGAGAGCCUCGAAGAGCAGGGUGGCAGGGGAAAGACAACCGAGCUACCUUGUCGGAUAACGAUCAAAGCAUAUGGCCUUGAAUGGUUUGUAUACAAUCGAACUCCAGCGUAUGAAAGUAUUCUGGCUGGAUUUGGCUACUCGCCCAAUAAUGUUGAUUUGGACAAUCAUUCAAACCCUCCAGGAUCACGCGCAACAGCGGACGACCACGGUACUGGAAAUAACCUUGAUUUCCAACAAGCGCCUGGUAAUAAAUCCACCUUCAAAACCAUGUCGGAACGAAGCAUGAGUGAUAAGGGAGGAAGGUCUUCUCAAAAGUCCACUAUGCCCGAGUCAGAGCUAUCUACACCGGUGUCGACCAUGCUUGAACUCCUUCCAAUCAAGUUGGAAUGCAAAAAAGGUGCCAUCGUUCUUGCAAACGAGCAAACCCGAUCUGUUUUGACCACAACCUUCGAUACUGCGACGGGUACCAUUGAUGCUUGCAGUUCGGGCCCGCUGGAUCUAUACCGACAAGUGUUUUCAUUUAAGCUUAAUCACCCAGUAGUUCAGAUGCGGCCGAACCCCGAUUUCAAACAAAAUCAGCCUGCAACUGCAAGAGCUAUAGGUGCCGUGCACGACGAUGAGCCCGAAUCGAAAAAGAAGCGACAAAGAAUUUUCAACUACCAUUUCCAAAGGCGCAAAGUGUGGCAUAGCAUCCGUGACCUUGUUCCUUAUUUCCAAACAUCUGUCGAAUCGUUUCAUCACAACAGCAGAAAUACCGACAGCAUGCCAAGAAGCCAGGCGGAGUUUCCUGACGUUCGUUGGACUGGUCUUUCACGAUAUUUGGACGCAGCCGAUGAAAACGAUCAUGAGAAAUGGGGCUCAGUGGAAUAUGCCCGGUUUUCCACCAUCUUGGAUAGCCCUAGUUUGACUAUAAUUUACUUCUGGGAUAUUCCAGGCCGAGUCAGCCUCCAGCGCCCAAAUUCCGCUGAACAAUGUCAUUCAGAUCCAGUGGAUCAAAACAUUAAUUGUGGUCUUCCUCCUGAAUGGGGGAUUGACCUCAAGCUUGAUGGAGGCACACUGAAUUACGGUCCAUGGGCUGACAGGGAGCGCAUUGGGCUACAAAAUGUCUUCUUCCCGAACUUCUACCGCAGCGCCGAACCGGCAGAGCAGUUGGCGCUUGGUGUUUUGCGUCAGAGCACGGCUUUCAUAUUUCGAAUUGAGAUCAACGAAGAGUUAACCCUGCGAAUCCCCACUCGAGAGCCAUCCAAAGAUUGGCAAUGGAAGGGUCGCGCUGAUGCCAUUGGAGGCGCACCAAGAACCAAGAAGCGAAACGACAGAAAAAAUUCGCGUACAAACGACGGAGAAAAAGGCCAUAUUGGACCUGAUAUACGCCCGUUUGGGUGGCUUUCACUCUCAGUUGCGCCUGACUCUACCAUCAAAUACACCAUGGAUAUGGUGGCUUCAAGUCUAGGAUUUCGGAACGAACUCUCUCUGGACUUGCGAGACUCGAGGCUCUCAUCUAGCAUUAAUCAUGGCUUGCUUUGGCAAUGCCCACGGCAACUGGUCACUUGUGAUCUAUCCAAUCCACUCUCCUGGAACAGUCUUCGCUCUUGGAAGUUCACCGUUGAGAGUGAAGAUCUGCAGCUAUUUCUUCUCCGUGAUCAUAUUUUCCUUCUCACUGAUCUUGUGAGCGAUUGGGCAUCAGGCCCGCCUUCGGAUUACUACACAUUUGUGCCUUUCAUCUACAAUCUGGAUGUCAACUUCACCAACUUCCAGCUGUACAUCAAUGUGAAUGACCGAAAUAUUAUCAGCAAUCCUUCAGACCUGGAAGACAAUCGAUUUAUUGUGAUCAAGGGUAAUCGUCUGACGUCCAAUGUCAUGAUUCCAUUGAACAAAUAUCAACCUGAUCAAAAUGCAAUCGAGUUUAGGGUCAACCUCGAAGACGGCGGAGUAGACUAUGAGACUCCUUUGUGGGACACUCUACACGAGUUCCUACCCCAAAAGUCCAUGGCUACUCUUCAAGGCCUGUUCAUUGAUGGCUCCUACAACUAUUUCUCAGAGACCUCACCGGAAUUGACUGAUACCUUGGUGCUCAACAUUGAUGGAAAGUCCCCUCGGCUAUACCUUUUUGGGUUCUUGAUCAAGAGCUUCAUGACAAUCCGAGAGAAUUACUUCGGCGAAGAGAUGCAUUUUAAGACCUUGGAAGAAUACCAAGAACUGAUCUACGCCGAUGAAACUCCGUCGAACCCUACCGGCAUCAAUCCAAACCGAAAGUCAAAUGAUAUGGACAUUCUGGUUCGCGUUACAGUGGAUACCCCAUGUGCUUUGCUCCCUGUGAAUAUCUAUAACUCAUCAACAUGCACUGGACUGAAUGCUGCGUCUCUCGAAGUUGAUUUGCGGUUCACAAACUAUUAUAUGGACUUGCAAUUUUCUAUCAGCCCGCUGAAACUUGAUUUGCAUUCCAUGAAUUCCGACGGUUCAUCAACAAUUUCUGGAACGCAACUAUUCAUCGAUGGUGUCUCAGUCUAUGGCCACCGCCUGUUUGGUUUGCCACCCCUUGAGCCAACCUACGUCUGUAAUUGGGAUUUUGAAGUUGGCAAAAUCAUUGGAGAGUGCUCCACAGAAUUUCUGGCCUGUCUAGGAUCGUCGUUGAAAAGCUUUGAUUUCUCUUUUGACAAUGAGGAGAAUGCUCUGCCGACACUUUUUCCCGAGAUUCUCUAUGAUGUGACCUUCUUGCGAGCCAAGAUUGACGCCAUUCACAUUUCAGUGCUUCUGGACCAAGUGGCUGUCAUUCUGAGCACACAGCCAUUAAACGUAAACUUCAAUGACUGGGCAAAUACCAAGUUUUCAAAACGCAUGAAUCUUCUCGUCCCAGACGUCUCAAUUGCUGCCAUCGACCGUCGACAAGCAACUCAAUCCAAUUCAUCAGCGGGAAAAACAGUUGCUCCCAUAGGUCUCAUCCAAAUGACCAUUGGGGUAAAGAUGGCAUUGCGCAAAUCUGACAUUGCAGAAAGUCGUCGGCUUCAGCAAGAGCACAUCAAGACCCAUGACCAACGAACCCAUAGAGCGCAAUGGUUACUUUCUGAUUGGGAAGAGACUGGACCGGCCUCAACAAUUCCCGACGAUGAUGUGUUCCCCCCAACAAUGGAAAUACCGUCCAUGCCGGAGCCUAUACAUAACAAGCCCCGUUCGCUCAAAACACCGUCAUAUCGGGAAGCUUCUAGGGCCCAUCAUAAUGGAAGUGCCAAGAGUUUCCUCGUUGAAUCAGAAGUAUCAAGCCUCAAAAGUGUCAGAAUACACACUGCAAAUAGCCUCCGAGCUGCUUCUGAGCCGAGCUUCAAACCACGACCUUUUCUGCCUUCACGGGAAGCAAGCUGGGCCUCACAUACCAGCAGAUCAAGGGAUGGAACGCAGCUAGGCUCUCGGGAUACUGCAGUCUCAUCAUCUGUAGCAAGAGAUGGGAACCCAUGGCUAAUGCCGCUGUUCUUUUGCCAUAAGAUCCGACUGGAUACAUCAGAGCUUCCACUGCCCUUUGUCAAUGACCACAAUAGCUCAGCCAUUGACGACGCAGCUGUAAAUCCUAAGUCUGUGUUCCUUACUUUUGAUGACGAUAACACGACAUAUACCAACCUCGCAUGCGACCUCCCGCUUGGUAUCCGAGGUUUCUGCACACCCAAAUUUCUUACAAGUCUGGCUUCCUUGCUGGAGGGAUUGGAACCAAAACAUCCUGUCAGAAUUAUUGAUUCGCUUCAAAAAGAUGUCAUAUCAGACAUUGUUGGCUAUGACAAAGCUAUGAGCAAGCCGAAGAACUCCACGGCCGUGUCUCUACGAGUUCCCGCAAUACAGCUGCGUCUUGUGGAUACGUCAGAAUCUCCGAACAACAAGAGAAUCGAGUUUCAAGACGAGUACAGCAUCGAGCUUCGUGUCAAGCAGGAUAUCACUGUCAAUGCAGCAGCAGACCACCUAUCGAUUACAGUGGAGGGUAGUCGGGUGGAUACUUUCCAUGAGAAAGCUGAGUUCAGUUCUUGUUUAGAAAACUUGAAUUUCUGGGCGGUAACAACGCCCGAUAUCCGCUCCAAUCUCCAGAUGCGAAUGUUUAAUACGGUCACUUCAGCGAAGUCCGUGGAGCGUUUAGCAUUCCUCGUUCGCCGAGCCACAACGAUGUUUGAUUCGGUGGCGUCGUCUUUCCAGCAAGUUUCAACAUCCAGCAAAAUGCGUCUGCAGUACCUCAUCUUUUCUCUGACACAAUCUUCCGUCAAUGUACCGGAUCCCAUCUUCCUUGCUCGCAUCUCUUACGUGCUCAGAGUUGCUUCGACGCAUUUGCGACAGCAUGACUCGUGGAAAAUCAUUUCUCGCUUCCGCAACAUCUACAAAAGCUUGCCUAUUCACCACAAGCGUGCAUUGGAGCAGAAAUUCUUGAGCGGCUGCGUCUCUUGCCCAGAGAAUGCCAAGUCAACGGUCUUGACUGGCUUUGAUCACUGGCGGGCCUGGGAUCUUGCCCAUGUUGCGAAAAGUUAUGUCAUGCGUCGCGUCUGGCCGCAUUGUGAACAUCGAGGAAAGGCUACGGAGCCUCCAAUGUUCCUUUCGUCCACAAUCAAAACAUUCCGAUUUUCUAUGGAUCCUGGUCCCAGAGAAAGUGAUUUUAUUGUGGAGAAUUUGUCAACUCUCGCGUCUCUUGUUCCGGAUAAGAUUGUGCAUGAUGAGAAUAAGGAGAUACACAAGAAAAUCAUCACUUUGCAGUCGUACUGCGGCUCUGCAGCUCUGAGGCUGAGAUGGGAGAUAUUAGACCUUGUGGAGGGUGUGAUGAAGGUGAUGUCAAACAUCACACUUGAGUCUGCGCAACCACAUACAGCCAGCCAUGAGGCCCCGGAUGAGAAGCCAACUGAAUUCCAACUCAUGUUUGGAACUGAUUUCGGCUCCAUCACACUUGAUGGAGUCAAUGUUAAGCUCGCGUUGGUAUCAAAAGGACUGCGAGCCUCGAUUGUUCACCGAUCCCUUGAUGCAGCCCAAUCAAAACAAGAGGAUCUCACUCUUCUAUUCAAUGCCGAAGCAUGCUCCUCGGAGCUCCAAAGUCAAUCUACCACUUUGAUGCUUUCCAGGAUUGCCGAUCCAUACAUGUACUUCUCUCUUGCAUCAGAAGAAAACGUCAGCGAGUGUAAUCGACACUGGAAGAUCGCUGCUUCCUGCAGGAAGCUUCGAUAUGACAUGAAAGAAGAUCCAGUCAGCUUGGCGCAUACGGCCGACAGACUCAUAGCCGACGAGGUCAGGUACAUUCGGCAACUCAUGAAUAGCGUCAAACUUCCCAAGUCCGAGUCGCAACGCGACGAAGGUUUGGUACCAAAUAAGCCAACCCAUGACACUUUCCAUGUGGCAAUGUUUUUGGAAGAUUAUCGAUUGAACUUUAGUUUACUACCAUCCUUGGCAUAUCUUGUUUCUGGCGACGUUGCUCGGAUCUCGGUGAUGCCAACGAAAGCCUCCAAGAUUGAGAUUGACUUUGAUGUGAAGAAGAAUACCCAUAUGUUCAUGUCUGGGGAAGGAGACAGAUUCCAUGCCCUGUCGAAAAUGGAGAUUCCCCCAGUCAACGGUCGAGUACUUGCAAACCUCUUGUCGAGCCGCAAGGAAGUUGAGGUUGAUGUCACCAUUGAACUUAUUCGUCUGGAAGCGAGCGCUGUGCGCAGUCUCUUGGCCGUUCUAACAGGACCUGAUAUUUCCCACUUGAUAUCGGAUCUCAAACAAAACGUGGACGUCCUUCAAUCGCACUUGGAUGAAGUACUUUCCUUACAGAAGUCACCAGCAAAACCUGAACAAAAGCCAGUAUCCGACGGCCAGGAGGUUCUUUACAAGUGCCGUCUCACAAUGGCUGGAUUUGAGAUUCAUGCCUGUGCACCUGGCCUGAAAAGCAAGGACUAUGCCGCGGAAAUGAUCUUCAGUCUCGGUAUGAUGCGAAUGCGACUUCAAAAUGGCCUUGACAGGGGCUACGCCAUGGUGUAUCCCGAGUUCAACAUUGACGCAUCUCAAAUCAACUUUGAAAUUCGAAGACAAGAGCAUUCAAAGAGUCUGCCAUAUGGAGGAUUCUGUGCUGGUGUAAAACUCCAAGGAACAUCCGCAGUCCGCGAAAAUGGAGAAGUCACAAGAUCAUACCAUUUUACCAGUGAUAGAUUUGAUAUUGAGCUAUUUGCUGAGACAGCAGCCCUCGUUGUCGACAUCGCAGUCUAUACACAAGAGCGCAUUAAGACGUUGGACCUUUCGCAUGAAGUCAAGCGUCUUAGGAAGUUGAGACAUCGUAAUCACGACGCCAAAGAUGGCAUUGCUGCCUUUCUCAAUGCCCUUUACUCCCUUCAAUUCCAACACAUUCAAAUCGCUUGGAAUAUGGCUGUCGUGCACAACAAGCCCGAUCGAAAUCCAGAGGACUUGGUCUUCUCCAUCCAGCAAGUUGAAUUGUCGAACAAGAAGAAGAAUGCAGCCAAACUCCGUAUCGAAAACAUGCAUCUUCAGAUGGUUCCAUAUGGGGCAGACAGAGGGAAACGGUCGCUUAACUCCGCGCUUAUGCCUGAGUUGGUAUUUAACGUGGCGUACUCAUCCAAAGGAAAAGAGCUGUGGCUUGCUUUCCAGGCAGCUGGUAAAUCCCUUGAUAUUCGUACGACCUCAGAGUUCAUCAUUCCGGCUAGCAUGUUGCGAGAUUCCAUUGCCACAGCGAGCGAAGCCCUUCGAGAAGGAAAGACUGUAUGGGCAACCAGAGCAGCGUCCCCUGAAAACGCUGAUACGAACAAAGACCGCAAUUUGUUUGGCAAAAGAAGAUUACGGUCUCUCCUCAUUGAUGUCGAUUUUGCCGGUGCUACUGUUACACUUCAAGGCAAGCUUGGUCAUGAUCACCAAACAUUGCUUGCAGCCACAUGGAAGGGCAGCCGACUCUCUGACGCGAAAUAUGGAGAAUAUGUCCAAGGUGAUAAGGCAACCACUGCAACACUCCAGGCCCCUGGAGUGGCUCUGAAGGUGCAGUUUGAGGAUAAUGGUACCGAUGAUCCAGUACUCAAUGCUGAGUUGAAGGUUGACCCAUCUACAAACACAUUGCAUCCCACUCUUGUCCCUCUGGUAAAGCAAAUGACCGCCACCGUAAAAGAGAUCAUGGGAGACCAGCAGACCCGGCCUCGUAGGCCAUCUGCAGCCGCGAGGUUGCAGCCACAGAAGUUGAUCCAAGAGGCGCCAUUCGGUGGUGAAGACCCAACCAGUAUUCUUGGCAGAUGUAGGGUAAACUUGGGAUUGCUGUUCUGCAAGCAGGAAUUCAGUUUGAGUUGUCAACCCAUUGCAAGGGUCGCAGCCACUGCACGAUUUGACAGUGUCUACGUGACUGUCAACACGGUCUUGUCAGAAGAGCACGGCCGAUUCCUUGCGCUAUCAUUGGCAUUCAAUGGUCUCUCCGCCUCUGUGAAACACGUCUAUUCUAAUGAAUCAACCGCAAGCUUUGAGGUCAGGUCAAUGGUUUUGUCGUUGAUGAACAGCAAGCAUCUUGGCCGGAUGAGCGGAAUGUCAGCUAUAUUGCGAGUGAGCCCAAUGAAGGUUGCAGUCAACGCCAAACAAGUCCAGGACUCACUUCUCUUCCAAGAGAUCUGGUUCCCGUCCAACGAUGAACCCUCAAAUCCAACCUCCCCGCCAGAGUCGUCUGAAGCACAACCCUACAUCGUUCAGCGAUACCAGCAAGUUGCUUCAGCAUCUGCAUUUCCCUGGAACACCACUAUCGCCAUUGAAAAAGUUCAAAUCCAACUGGAUCUGGGCUCGACUUUGGGCAAAGCACAGUUCGGCAUUAAGGACCUGUGGGUAUCUACUAGCAAGACAUCCGACAACGAGCAGAACAUGUGUGUCAAUUUUGGCUCUGUUUCGAUUGAGAGCAAGGGCCGAAUGAGUGGAAUCGUCGAGCUUGGAAACCUGAAGGUGCAUACCUCAAUCGAAUGGCCUAAGGACUCCCGAGAAGAUGGACAGACACCGUUAAUUCAAGCUUCGCUUGCCUUCCAUCACCUCCAAGCCAACGUCUCAUUUGACUACCAACCAUUCCUAGUCGCCCAUAUUGCCAGGUUCAACUUCCUGAUGUAUAACGUUCGAGACACAUCCGGCGAACAGAGCCAACGCCUUUUCAGUAUCCUGGAAGGAGAUAAAGUCCAGUUAUUCUGCACGUCUCUCACAGCAUCUCAAACCCUGGCUCUCUUCCAGGCCUGGCAGCGCCUAAUUCAAGACGUCCAAGCGGCCUACCAGUCAUCCCUCCGCGAAGUAGAACGCUACCUCCGGCGGAAGUCUUCUGUUCUAACAGAAAGCCCUGAAGUCGGCACGAAAGAACUCGUAAAGCAACUCGACAGCCAACCAGAGAAAGCACCGAUCUCCCUACACACAUGUGUAGUAGUCAACAUUCAUCACGUCAAUGUUGGCGCUUUCCCAAGCACCUUCUUCGACAACCAAAUUUUCAAGGUAGAAGCUUACAACGCUGAGGCCCGAUUCUCUGUUUCCCUAGAAGCGGGCAAAAUCCACAGCGCCUUGGGCCUCACACUCGGCCAACUUCGCGUUGCUCUAUCAGGCAUCACAAGACCGACAUCCGCCCAGCUAGACGAACUCUCCGUCGAUGAAAUCGCCGAACGAGCCGCCGCCUCUCGAGGCGGAACAAUCCUCAAAGUACCCAGUCUUGUCGCAGGCAUGGAAACCUGGCAAACCCCGGGCUCGCACGAAAUCGAAUACAUCUUCCGCAGCACAUUCGAAGGGAAAGUGGAUGUCGGCUGGAAUUACUCUCGCAUCAGCUUCAUCCGCGAUAUGUGGGACACGCAUUCACGCGCGCUCGCUACAAGACUUGGCAAGCCGCUCCCUCCUUCUGCUGUGCGCAUUACUGGUGGGCCUGGUAGUGGCGGUGCUGAGGGUGGUGGUGAUAGUUCAGAGCAGCAGGAGAAGAUUACGGCUGUUGUCAACGUGCCGCAAUCUAAGUAUACCUACACUGCCCUUGAGCCGCCUGUUAUUGAGACACCGCAGUUGAGGGAUAUGGGUGAGGCUACGCCACCUUUGGAGUGGAUUGGGUUGCAGAGGGAUAAGUUGCCCAAUGUCACGCAUCAGAUCAUUAUUGUUACGUUGUUGGAGAUUGCGAAGGAGGUUGAGGAUGCUUAUGGGAAGAUUCUCGGGGCUUGA